UCUUUCAAUUCUCUCUCUCUAGGGUUUAGCUGGAGAGAUUCUCUCAAAUUUGUCCCUCUUCUCCGCCAUUUCAAAACCUUCAAUAUCUCUCCCAUGGAUCUUAAAACAAACAUGAACUUGUCAGAUUCCUCUUCCAAGAUGCAAAAAUUCAGUGAAGAUCAGGACAGAAUCAGCAAUCUACCUGAUGUCAUUAUUGGUCACAUUCUCUCUUUACUUUCUACCAGAGAAGCUGUUCGCACUAGU